CGUCAGAAGCAGGGUAAACGCCUCGUCUCUCGAAACCAAAAAUAUCGCGUUCCUGACUCUAAAUCGGGAUAUGUCCCCACCCUAACUAAAAUCUUUUCGUGGACUAGUGCAAUUUCAUUUAUGAGCGCUUUCAUUCAUUUGUGGCCCCUUAUUUCUUCUUCACUAAUUUCCUAAUUUGGAUAUAUACCUUGGAAUACACUCUUUUUUUCAUAAAGAUUAAAAUAACUUACCUUCAAUAAUGACUACUGACGUAGUAGUCGGGGUCCGAUGGGAUCCCGCUACACAAGGAGAAAUGGAUGAAUUUGAAUAUGAUGGGGGCAAUAGUUCAUCGCGACUUUUCGAACGAUCUCGAAUUCGAGUUUUAGCUGAUGAGAGAGAAAAUGUUCAGAAGAAAACAUUUUGUAAAUGGGUUAAUUCUCAUCUCUUAAGAGCAAAUUGUCGCAUAACUGAUUUGUAUGCAGAUAUGCGAGAUGGGAAACUGCUCAUGAAGUUGCUUGAAAUAUUGUCUGGUGAACGUAUGCCAAGACCAACUAAAGGGAAAAUGAGAAUUCAUUGCCUUGAAAACGUCGACAAAGCUCUUCAGUUUUUAAGGGAUCAGCGAGUGCAUCUAGAAAAUCUAGGAUCGCAUGACGUUGUCGAUGGCAAUCCACGCCUCACCCUCGGUCUUAUAUGGACUAUCAUUUUACGUUUCCAGAUUCAAGACAUUACCAUCGAAGAAGUGGACAAUCAAGAAACAAAAUCUGCGAAGGAUGCAUUGUUACUGUGGUGCCAAAUGAAAACAGCUGGUUAUCCUAAUGUCAAUGUCAGGAAUUUCACUACCAGUUGGAGAGACGGCUUAGCAUUUAAUGCUUUGAUUCACAAGCACAGGCCCGAUUUGGUACAAUAUGAUAAACUAUCUCGUUCCAAUGCCAUUUAUAAUUUGAAUCAUGCCUUUACUGUUGCUGAACAACGGUUGGGUUUAAUGCCGCUGUUAGAUGCUGAAGAUAUAUUUGUAGAAUAUCCUGAUGAAAAAUCAAUAAUUACAUACGUCGUAACGUACUAUCACUACUUCUCAAAAAUGAAAGCUGAAACAGUGCAAGGCAGAAGAAUUGGAAAUGUUGUAGGUCAAGCUAUGCAAAAUGAAAACAUGAUUCAUGAGUAUGAGACUUUAACCUCAAAUCUUCUGAAAUGGAUUAAACAAACUAUAAUUGCUCUAUCAGACAGAAAAUUUGCUAAUUCUUUAUUUGGAGUGCAACAACAACUGCAAGCUUUCAGUUCCUAUAGAACUGUAGAAAAGCCACCUAAAUUUGCUGAGAAAGGAAAUUUGGAAAUUUUACUGUUUACUAUUCAGAGCCGCAUGAGAACAAACAGUCAGAGAAUGUAUUUUCCACCAGAAGGAAAAAUGAUAGCAGACAUCAACAAAGCAUGGGAAAAUCUAGAAAAAGCAGAACAUGAAAGGGAAUUAGCUUUGAGAGAAGAACUUAUAAGGCAAGAGAAGCUUGAACAACUAGCUGCCAGAUUCGAUCGCAAGUCCGGUAUGCGUGAAGCAUGGUUAAGUGAAAACCAACGUCUAGUUUCACAAGAUAAUUUUGGCUUUGAUCUUCCAUCUGUUGAAGCGGCCGCCAAGAAGCACGAAGCCAUUGAAACUGACAUAUAUGCUUAUGAAGAAAGAGUCCAAGCUGUUGUUGCUGUUGCUCAAGAAUUAGAAGCUGAAAAUUACCAUGAUAUUUCCAGAAUACAAGCAAGACGUGACAAUGUUUUAAGAUUGUGGAAUUAUCUACUAGAACUCCUGAGAGCUCGUCGCUCAAGACUUGAAGAUUCUUUGACUUUGCAGCAAACGUUCCAAGAAAUGAUAUAUAUAUUAGACACCAUGGAAGAAUUAAAAGGAAGACUACUGACUGAGGAUUCUGGAAAACAUCUGAUGGGGGUUGUCGAUUUAUUACAAAAGCACAGUCUAAUAGAAGCAGAUAUUAAUGUGCUCGGUGAAAACGUUAAAGCCCUCAUACAACAUUUACAGACAUUUGUUGAUAACAGUGGCACAGGCGGCUACACGGCUUGUGAUCCCCAAUAUAUCACGGAGAGGAUCCAACAAUUAGAAUCGGCUUACAUAGAAUUGGUUCAGCUGGCUUCAGACAGACACAACCACCUCAUUGAAUCUCGUAAAUUGUGGCAGUUCUUCUGGGAUAUGGCUGAAGAGGAGGCUUGGAUCAAGGAGAAGGAGAGAAUAUUGUCAUCAGGAGAUAUUGGCCACGAUCUCACGGCAAUUCAUCUUCUCAUCAGCAAAAAUAAGGCCGCAGAAGGGGAAAUUAACAAUCAAGCCAAGCAAAUUCAAGCUGUUGUUCAAACCGGCCAGGACUUGAUUGCCGCCAGUCAUUUCAGUUCCGAAAGUAUUCAAGAAAGAAUCAAUGAAAUUCAAACAAUGCUCAGUAAUCUAUCUAAUUUGCAGCAGCAACGAAUGAAAAGGUUAACUGAUGCCGUUGAUUACCAUCAGUUUUUUACCGAUGCUGAUGAUGUUGAUACUUGGAUGCUUGAUACAUUACGAUUGGUAUCGAGUGAAGAUAUUGGUAGAGACGAGGCAAAUGUGCAGUCGUUGCUGAAAAAACAUAAAGAUACUACUGAUGAUUUGAAACAUUUUGCGAAUGUUAUUGAUUCCUUGCAUCAACAAGCUGGGAACCUUGGAGAUGAAGACCGAACUGCACCUGAUGUUUUGCAAAGACUUGAGAGCAUUGAUCGUAGGUAUAAAGAAUUGGUUGAAUUAGCCAAGUUAAGAAAACAGAGGCUUCUAGACGCCCUUUCUCUGUAUAAACUUUUUAACGAAGCUGAUGGUAUUAAACAAUGGAUUGCUGAAAAGGAAAAAAUGCUAGACUCAAUGGUAAUGAACAAUGAUAUCGAAGAUAUUGAAGUGAUGAGACACCGUUUCGAAGGUUUUGAGCAAGAAAUGAACGCUAAUGCUUCGAGAGUUGCUGUCGUGAAUCAGCUAGCACGACAAUUACUCCAUGUUGAUCACCCUAAUUCUGAAGAAAUCUUAGCACAACAGAGUUUAUUAAAUGAAAGGUGGUCUGCUUUGAAAGAUGCCGCAGAACGAAAGAAAGCUCAAAUUGCAUCGACUCAUGGCAUUCAAUCAUUUCAUAUCGAGUGUAAAGAAACUAUUACAUGGAUUGAAGAGAAAAAGAAGUUACUGGAAGCGACAGAAGACCUCGGCGAUGAUUUGGUUGGUAUUAUGACUUUACAAAGAAGACUGAGCGGUAUGGAACGAGAUUUAGCUGCUAUUCAUACAAAACUGGAAAAUUUGAAAAAAGAAGCUGAGAAAAACAAACUUGAGCAUCCAGAGGAAGCAGAACUAAUCGAAAGAAAUCUUGAGCAGAUAAAAGUAUCGUGGGGAAAACUGACUCAUCUACUAAAAGAAAGAGAUGCAAAGUUAGAAGAGGCCGGUGACCUCCACCGUUUCUUGAGAGAUUUAGAUCACUUCCAGACUUGGUUAACUAAAUCUCAAACCGAUGUUGCAUCCGAAGACAUACCAUCAAGCCUCACGGAAGCUGAAAAUCUCAUAACCCAACACCAACAAAUCAGAGAAGAAAUCGACAACUACACUGAGGACUAUAAUAGUAUGAUGGAGUAUGGUGAAAAAAUUACUAGAGAUCAAACCGAUGCGCAAUACAUGUUCCUCAGAGAAAGACUACGAGCACUUCAAGAUGGUUGGACAGAACUUCUACAAAUGUGGGAAAACAGACAAAUGGUUUUAUCGAACAGUUUGGAUCUCCAGAUAUUCAUGCGCGAUGCCAAGCAAGCGGAAGUCUUAUUGAGUCAACAAGAACACUACCUGGCUAAAGAUGAAACUCCAACUAGUCUAGAACAAGCUGAGUGUUUCAUAAAAGAACAUGAGACAUUUUUGACAACAAUGGAAGCUAAUGAUGAAAAGGUCAACGCUGUUAUACAGUUUGCUCAAAGGUUAUGUGAAGAUGGUAAUUUUGCUGCUGAUAAAAUCCAUAAAAAGGCUGAAAAUAUGGCUGAAAGACGAAACGUUAAUCACGAGAAAGCAACCCAUAGAAUGGAUAAAUUAAAAGAUCAAUUACAACUGCAACACUUUUUACAAGAUUGCAAAGAACUCUCUGAAUGGACUCAAGAGAAGUACAUCACAGCUCAAGACGAUACAUAUCGCAGUGCUAAAACUAUUCACAGCAAAUGGACACGCCAUCAAGCAUUUGAAGCUGAAGUUAUGGCCAAUAAAGAUAGAUUAAGAAAACUGCAACAGAGUGGUGAAGAGCUCGUUACUGAAAAAAGAAGUUGGGCUGCUAUUAUUUAUCCUCAACUCUCUGAACUCGAACAGCAGUUUGAAGCCUUGGAAAAUGCUACCAAAGACAAGGGUGAGCGGCUAUUUGAUGCAAACAGGCAAGUUCUCUACAUGCAGACAUGUGAUGAUAUUGACGGCUGGAUUACCGAAUUAGAAAAUCAAGUAUUGCCUGCAGAAACUGGUCAAGAUUUAACCAGUGUUAAUCUAAUACUGCAAAAACAACAAGCUGUCGAGACGCAAAUGGCUUUGAAAGCAAAACAAGUUGAUGAAUUAAAAAGUCAAGCUGAAUACCUUGAAAGCAUGACUCCGGAAAAAACAGAUGAAAUUGAAUACAAAAAAGCAUAUGUUGAAGAUAGAUUCAAUAAGCUAUUGGGUCCAUUAGACGAACGUAAAUCACGCCUAAUGAAAAAGAAAGAAGCAUUCCAGUUCUGCCGAGAUGUGGAAGAUGAAAAAUUGUGGAUUCACGAGAAGAUGCCUUUAGCAACUUCAUCUGAUUUCGGUAAUAGUUUGUACAGCGUUCAAAUGCUGAAAAAGAAAAACCAGUCUCUUCAGACUGAAAUCGACAACCAUGAACACAGAAUUGUAUAUGUUUGUGAGAACGGGAACAAGCUCAUCAGAGAGGGCCAUGAAGAUGGUGCAAAGUUUAAGCAACUGAUUGCUGAGUUACAAUGUUUAUGGCUGGAAUUGAAGAGUGCUGUUCAAUAUCGCCGUCUCAAGCUGGAUGAAUCAGAAAAAGCCCAACAAUAUUUAUUCGAUGCGACGGAAGCUGAAUCUUGGAUGAGUGAACAGGAACUUUAUAUGAUGUCUGAUGAGCGUGGCAAAGAUGAAAUAAGUGCUCAAAAUUUGAUGAAAAAACAUGCCAGCUUUGAAAAUGAAAUUGACCUGUUUUAUGAAACUGUAAUGCAACUCGGAGAUAUUGCUAAACAACUAGUGGCUGCGAAGCAUCCCAGCAGUGAUGAAAUAAUUCUAAGGCAAGCUCAGCUUGACAAGUUGUACAAUAGCUUGAAAGAUCUAGCGCUUGAAAGAAGAACAAAAUUAGAAGAAGCUUUGCAGUUGUUUAAUUUGAAUAGAGAAGUUGACGAUUUGAUGCAAUGGAUUGGAGAAAAAGAAGUAGUUGCAGCUUCUCAAGAACUUGGGCAAGAUUACGAUCACGUCACGAUGCUUAGAUCUAGAUUCAAAGAGUUUGCGAAGGAGACUGAAUCCAUUGGUAGAGAAAGGGUUUCAAGUGUUAACUUCCACGCUGACAAAUUAAUCACUGCUCAUCAUGCUGACAGUGCCACCAUUGCUGAAUGGAAGGAUAUGCUGAAUGAAGCUUGGGCUGAUCUUUUGGAGCUUGUAGAAACUAGAACACAAAUGUUAAGCGCAUCGUGGAAACUACACAGAUUUUUCUAUGACUGUGCCGAUGUCUUAGGUCGAAUCAUAGAAAAACAAAAUGCUAUGCCUUAUGAACUUGGAAGAGACGCAGUUAGUGUGUCUAGUUUGCAACGCAAGCACAUUGGCUUCGAGCAUGACCUGCAGACAUUGGGAUCAGCCGUGCAACAAAUUCAAGACGAUGCUAUUAAAUUUAAUUCCAUUUAUGCUGGGGAACGAGCAAAUGAAAUCAGUAACAAAGUUUCAGAAGUUGUGAAUGCCUGGCAAAAACUGUUGCAUAUGUGUGAAACCAGAAGAGAAAAACUGGCUGACACUGGUGACCUCUUCCGUUUCUUGAAUAUGGUCCGAGACCUCAUGCAAUGGAUGGAAGAGACAGUCCGAAUGAUGAACACGUCCGAAAAACCAAGAGAUGUCUCUGGGGUGGAGCUAUUAAUGAACAACCACCAGAGUUUGAAAGCUGAGAUCGAUACCCGUGAAGAUAAUAUAUCCGUAUGCAUAAAUCUGGGAAAAGAAUUGCUCGCCCGUAACCAUUACGCAUCAAAUGAGAUAAAAGAAAAACUAUUAUCUUUAACAAACCAAAGGACUUUAAUGAUGGACAGAUGGGACGAAAGAUGGGAGCAUUUACAAUUAAUUCUUGAAGUAUAUCAAUUUGCCAGAGACGCUGCAGUAGCGGAAGCCUGGCUCAUAGCUCAAGAACCUUACCUUUUAAGUCAAGAAUUAGGGCAUACUUUGGACGAAGUUGACCAACUAAUAAAGAAACAUGAAGCAUUCGAAAAGUCAGCCGCAGCUCAGGAAGAAAGGUUUGCUGCACUAAAAAUACUUACAACGCUUGAGUUGAAAGAUCAAGGUCAUAAAAGUGGAGAUCAGCAAGCAUUUUAUGAGCUAGAUGACCACAUGCGUCAUUCUGGUUAUUAUGAGCCGUAUGAAAGAGACCAAGCUUUAAAAACUGAAGCAGAGCGAAAGCAGGAACAAGAACGUCUGGCUGCAGAAACCUCUAAAGAAACUGAGAGACCAAGCUCCACAGAUGUCGAUACAUCUAUUACUGAAGUGUCAUCUUUGUCAGAGCGUGAAAAAUCCCAAAAAGCUGAAGUUUUGAUGAGGCCCACUAAACCACAUAAAGAUUUUGAAGGAGUUUUAAUUAGAAAGCACAAUUUAGAAUCAACGAACAAAAGAGCUAACAACAGGAACCUGAAAAUUAUCAUCAUGGAGAAUCCCCUGUAGAUUUAAGAGGAAGUACAACUGAGGUUGCAACUGAUUACACAAAACGAAGACACGUGUUCCGGCUAAGGUUGAUGGGAGGAGGUGAAGAUCUUUUCCAGGCAAAGGAUGAGGAAGAGAUGAUUAAAUGGAUUUCUCAACUCCAACAAGUAUCUUCAGAAGGUAUUCCUGGAGGCCCAGGCUAUUCUCAAACCUUACCCUUGCGCAGGGAAGAAAGGAAAGAUGAACAAAAAAGAAGAAGUCUUUUUGCAAUGAAAAAGAAAUAAAUACCCUUAAAAAUACUGUUUAUAUCUAUGAAAAGUUGAAUGGAAUUUGACUUUCAUAGAAACUUCCACAGUUAGACUAACAGCCUAAAUGACUAAUUCUUAUUCAUCUUCAACAUUAUUUAUAAUUGUUUCAAAACAUUCAUUCAUUUGUUUGUGAAUAGUGUAUUUAGUGAAGAAAUAAUGAGACUUUUCUUUUCUAAUUAAAGUCUCAUUAUUAUAUUUUAGAGUGUAUAGUUAUAAAACCAUAAAUACAAUCAUAUACAGUUGAAAUUAAUAAUGGUUUUUUUAAUAACUUUU